CAACUUAUGUCUCUCAGUUCCUCGAUGAUGGCAAUGCCAAUAGUCUUUUCUACGAGAUUUCCACAAGCUUUCUUCCUUCAUAAAAACACAUUCCUUUUCCUUCUCCAUUGCAAUACAAGCAAUGGCUGCUUCUAAUAGCUUCAAAUUUCAGUUUCUGUUGAUUGCCUUUUGGUUAUGUAUAGCUCUGUUAAUCUCUCCUUCAAAUUCGCUCAAAUGCACUUCACAAAAAUUUAGAAAAAACAUUGUAUUUUCAAAUUGCACCGAUCUUCCUGUACUAAAUUCCUUUCUACACUUCACUUACAAUUCUUCCAAUUCCUCUCUUUCCAUCGCCUUCAUCGCCACUCCGCCCAAACCAGAAGGCUGGGUCUCGUGGGCGAUUAAUCCGACAGAGGAAUGUAUGAUUGGAUCUCAGGCUCUGAUAGCAUUCAAAUCCGACGGUUCAGAUUCAGUUACCGUCAACACUUACAACAUUAGUAGCUUCAAUCCGCCUGUAGUGUCAAAGCUAUCGUUUGAUGUGUGGGAUUUGAGCGCGGAAUCUGACGGCGAAAAUUUUACGAUAUUUGCGACGGUGAAGGUGGUGACAAGUGCGGGGAGGGUGAAUCAGGUUUGGCAGGUGGGAGGAGCUGUUAGUAAUGGUUUUCCGCAGAUACAUGCAAUGGACGAUGCUAAUAUGAACUCUAAGGGAGUUCUGGAGCUUGCGGCGCCUCCUACUGCGCCAAGUGAAAAGUCUGGAUGCAUGUGUAUUGCUUAUUCUAAUAUUGGAAAGUGGAAUUUGGUUUUGGUUUCCUUAUUUAUUUUGAUAGCUAGUGUUCUUGUAGUUUGAGAAUUUUAAAAAAAUAAAUAAAUAAAUAUAUGUUUUUUUUUUUU